AUGCCUAAAGAACACUUGAAGCUCUGGCGAAACGUUACACCACCAACAACACUGGAUGAAAAUAUCUCCGAAAGUACCCCAAACGUCAUCAUGAAGCUUGAAAAAUCUAAAGUCCCACCCCCGUCUCUGACAUCACUUUUAACGACAAAAUUUUCGACAACGUAUAACAAAUGCUCCGAUACAAUCAAUUUUUCAACAUUCAUCUCAAAGAGAGUACUGACGUUUCCAUCAACACCAGCGACGGGAAAGGAAAACGAGAAUUACGAUUUGAUAGUUACUGUUGACGAUAUGUUUGGCUCAUUCUAUUCGAAAUCAACAUCAAUGAGAGUGGAGAGCGCUUAUCGAGUUAUUGGGAUGCUUGGUAGAGGGUCUUUUGGCCAAGUCUUCAGGUGUGUUGAUAUGAACACCAAGCAAUUAGUUGCGCUUAAAAUAUUGAAGAACCAAUUGGUAUACUUAAGGCAAGGGAUGCUCGAAAUCACUGUCCUUACGAUAUUGAACGACUUUUAUAACACUGAGUCCGAAUCAAAUACAGUGAAAAUGUUGGACCACUUUGUACAAGAAGGACAUUUGUGUAUUGUCUUUGAACUUCUGUCACUUAAUUUGUAUGAUGUGCUGAACCAAAAUGGGUUUCAUGGGUUUCCAUACAAUUUCAAUAGAAGUGUUGCAAAGCAACUUUUGCACUCUCUUAAUGUACUCCAUAGAAAUGGUAUUGUACACUGUGACUUGAGCUGA